AAUUGGUACUUGCAGAUAGGCACAGUGUAGUGCUGAAACUGCUCUUCCUACUUCACCUGUUGAAAAGCUUCCCAUUGCAGGCUGUCCUCCAGCUCCUGGUUCCCCCUUGUCGUAAUACCCAUCUUCUUUCUCAUUCCUUACAGCUGGGCCUCUUGUGAUGGGGCUGCCUUUGUUCCUGGGUGGGUGACGUCACCAUGUUUACACUAGUUUGAUGGCACAGCUCUGUGAAUCAGGAAUGUUGAGAAUGGGGCCUGUGUUGAAUCAUGCGCUCUGCUGUCAGCUCUGUUGUGAGCAAAGAAUUGGCGGUGCUUGUGCUGAGUGCAGGCCUUUUGAGCCUGGCAAAAUGUGUUGAGGUUGCACUUUUUCCCUUUGCAGCCGUCGCACUUGGCACUUUCCAGUGUGAUCUUUCUUUGGGAAGCUGUCAAAAAGCUGAGAAAUCAGCAGCCUGGGGAGUUAGACCAAGUUUCUCUCUGUCUCAGUGCCAGUUCUUGCUGGCUGUCCUCCUUGCAUGAUGUUUAUAAGUCCUGCUUUUGUGGCCAGCAAGUCAGGACUGUAGGUGGAUCUGGGGCCAUCCCAGUUUAUGCUGGGUACAGAACAUGAUUAAGUUUGGCAGGGUUUCCACUUCUUGGCUGCCCUCUUUUGGCUCUUAAAAUCUUUCUCGUGGUGAAAGUUGUGCAUGGACUCAGCACACAAUACUCCUCCUGAUGAAAUAUUUCGUAUCUUAUGAUAUUAGCCUGAUAUGCUAUGGCAAGUUCAAGGUACCUUCAUAUUUUGACCCAUCACUGGUUUUAUGGAUGUGUCCCAUCUUUUCUUCAUAGUAUAGUCUAGCCCAACAAUUUCCUGUGCAAUGAAAGAAGCUAUGAACAAUGAAGACUCUUACCAGGCAGCGUUUGUGUUGUCAUCAUCUCUCUUUCCAGAUGUUAAUUAGUAACUUGGCAUUCUAAGUAUUGAUUUUUUAGACAUAUAUUAGAGUCAUGGACUUGCCCUAUGAGGGGCCUUGCUGAGUUGGCUAGGCACUAAAUAUGUAUACUCUCCCUGGGAUAUCUGUUGAACAUCACUUUAUACUAGGUAGUGUGAAUCUUAAGAUAUUCUUACUUGUAUUAGGUUUACAGAUAUAAGAUGGGCCUUUGGAUUUGCAUUUUCUGUAAUUUGCAAACAUUCACAUCACUCUGACAUGAGCGCUUGGAAUGAUGCCUAAUACACUCCCACGUGUAUCAAAUAAAAACCUAUAAUAAGAGGAGGUUGGCUUUAGAGUAUCACUGUUAAUACUAUGACUCUGUGGCUGUGGGUGACUUUUGUUUACAGUUUUGCUCUUCGAGACCUACGGCCACACAUGGUUUUUAAACAUUACAGAGUUGGUAAAAUGAAAGCAAAAGGAAAAAUGAAAUGCUGGCAGGAAUACUUGUGCAGGCUCCAGCAUUUAUUUAACCCAUAUUGAAAGAAUGUGAUUUUAAAACAGUGUUAUGUCAGAGGGAAGCCUUAAUCCUAUUGCAAGCUCUGUUGUGGGGGAUGACAAUACUGUGUUCAUCCUAGUCUGUUCUCUGAAUUAAAAAAGCUUGAUUAGAAAUCAUUCUCUCUUGCCCACAUAUUUUCAGUAUGGUGAGUCCCAAUAUUGCCUGCAGUCAGGUUGUGAAUGGUAUAGCACAGCAAGCUAAGUGUGUUUUUCUUCAAGAUCAGUAAUUGGUUGGAACCUAUUUGUCAGUUCCAAAGACAAAGAUAAGUUGGUGGGUCCCUUUAGUAAGACAGUUGGGGCCCACUGUGUUAGUGUGUGGUAAGCCUUUAAUCAGUGGCCACAGCCAUGUCCUUUGGGCAUAAGCACUUUGCUUGUCAGCAGUUUUCGAUGCUCUAGGAGUAUCAGAGUUGUUGCUGCCCUAUUAGUGAUCUUGGAAAGCGCUGAAGCCAUCCCUUCUGGGGGUGCUGCUGGGGGACCGUUUCUUGGCUUUUGCUGACACUAGCUUAUCUUAAUUCUCUGCUAUAAAUGUGAACUGAUGUUUUAUGCAUUUAACAAACAAGAACAUGGGCUGUGUGGGAGAGGCAUUUAUUAUUCCAUGUAAGUGCUGAUGAUGUGCUUGGUGGGAGGUAGAUGUAAAAACAUCCCUGUCUGGAUGCGCAUAGUGACUCCUCUGUCCCUGACACAGCCUUGGCUGCACCAGCAGAUUUUCUUCUUGCCUAGGGAACAGCUGUGGCUUCUGAAGUCUUCCAGAGAAGUAGCCAAAGAAUCUGACUGUGAAGGCUUGCGUGUUAUGACGACCCCCAACAAAGGAAACAAAGCCUUGAAGGUGAAGCGGGAGCCGGGUGAGAAUGGGACCAGCUUGACAGAUGAAGAGCUGGUGACCAUGUCUGUGCGGGAGCUGAACCAGCAUCUGCGGGGCUUGUCUAAGGAGGAGAUAAUCCAGCUAAAGCAACGCCGGCGGACCCUGAAGAACAGGGGUUAUGCUGCUAGCUGCCGGGUCAAGAGGGUGACACAGAAGGAGGAGCUGGAGAAGCAGAAGGCAGAACUUCAGCAGGAGGUGGAGAAGCUGGCCUCGGAGAAUGCCAGCAUGAAAAUGGAACUUGAUGCCCUGCGCUCCAAGUACGAGGCGCUGCAGAACUUCGCCCGGACCGUGGCCCGGAGCCCUGUCACUCCUGCUCGGGGCCCACUUGCUUCCAGCAUGGGGCCCCUAGUGCCCGGCAAGGUUGCCACCACCAGCGUCAUCACGAUAGUGAAAUCCAAAACGGACGCCCGGUCUUAGUGAAACGAGCACUGCCUGGGCUUGUGUGUGCAGGGCAGUUAGGCACAAAGCUCAUCCGGAAUCCCCAAAGCACAACCCUCUCCCAGAUGGCCUAGCCCACACAGGCAUAUGCUGGCCUACUUGUCACUGCAGUCCCUUUGUUUUUAGCUUUGUUCUGGUUGGUGUGACUGAUGGUAAUGCAACCCUUCUGUGUGAGCAGAACCUUCCACCCAGAUGUAUUCUGGGAACAGACUGAAGGACCUCGGUACUCUAGCCAAAGAGAUUCUCAGCAGCAAGGAAUAAAUUCUUGGGGAGGCAUAACCCAAAGGGGCAGAGGUCAUAGAAAGUUGGAAGACCUGCUGUCAGUGAUGACUUACCAUUCUUCCAGGGUUGUAUGUCAGCUGUCCAGUCUGCUGCUUGUAAAUUGCUUGGUAUCAGUGGCUAUAAUGGGAGUAGUUUGUGUAACCAUUUUUCUAUUAACAUCUAGUUGCGCCUUUUAUGUUUAAAGGUGGGAUUCCUUAGGACUUUUCCUAAAAGGGGAGGGAAGGGACAAAAAUGCAGUUUCCCGGUGUCUGUGCUGCAGAGAAGGGAAAGGAGCCAGGAAUGGGCACUGUUGCCAGCCUGCCAGGAAGAAGGCAGGUUGUACCGUGGUGACUACAGGCCAGUUUUGUGCCUAAUGUGUUGCACUGAACAAGACCAAAAUCACUAGUUGUUUCCUGUGUUUGGAGAGUAUCAAGUGUCUCUAGUGUGAUGGUUUACACAACAAGUUUAUGUGGUUUAAAUAGACCUUUAUUUAAGAGAGAAACUUUCAUUUUAAAGAAUUAUUAAAUGACCUAAGUUUCAAAACUAAAAUUGGAUGAACUUGUAUUUGUCUCCUCGUUAAAGGGUAAGAAUAUUUCAUUGUCAUAUUCUUGGAGACCAUGAUAAUUUAAAAAGAAAAGAAAAGAAAAAAGUUAAAAGUUUCUCGCUCAGUCUUUGUGGCUCCGAGGUUGUUUUUUAUAAAGAGUUAUUAGACUUUUAUUUAUAAAUAAUGUAGGAGGGGGGGGAGACAAAAAAGGCUAGUCCUGUUUGAUAUCUUUUUGCAAUUGUACCAAAAGUGACUUAUUCUUGAACUCCUCACCCGCUUCUUUCGUGCUCCUGUUGUGUUUAGUUGUCUGUGCUCUGAGGUCUUGUGUGGCGCUGUGAUGUGAUGGUGCCAAUGGCCAUCUUUGCUGUGUGGAUGUCCUGUGAGCAUUUUUUUGCUUUUCCUGGGCUGAGUGCAGGGUGUUCUUGGGCAUUUCCCAAUAGACCUUCUGAAGAUUCUCUCUCAUGUGCUGCCCUGGGCUCCUGCUGGGAGGAAGGACGGGAUAUAAAUAAAAUAACAUAAUAAAUAAAUGUUAUCUGUGUCUGAUGGCAUCACUUCCUUGGUCACUGAAGCCUGAGAUGAAUCGGCUCUUCUAGGGUGUUGCCAAAACUGCUUAAUGAUAACUUGCAGAUAACGUUGCCUCUUCCAUCUUGCUUGCAUCAUAACCCCCAGAAUUUGUUUUCUUGCUGAUCCUGGGUCUCUCUAAAGGUCAGCGCCAAUGUGGUUGGAGAGACUGCCACUCAUCAUGCAGAAAUGUGAAGCAGUGAGUGGAAUUGGUAACAUAUCCAGCUACAGUAUUUCCUAAGGCUGGGCUACAGGCAGCAUCCAUGUAGGUUCACUGUUUGGGAAGAAUUCUUUUGAUAUCAAUGCUACAGUCAUCUACUUAUCUCCUGGCUGUUAUUUUCUAUUCUUGAGUAUGUUGAGAAGUACUUGGGAAUCAGAACUGGAAACCCCAUAGGGACUAAUGAGUGUGUGGUUGUCAGUGUGAUCUGAGAAUAUCCAGCUUUACUGUUUGUUUUUGGAUACUUAGAAAGCAUCAUUGGAAGCCUGGUCCCUGGGUGCUCCAAAGAAGCUCUUACUCCUUCUGGCAACCUGUUCUUUUCAGAGGGAAGGAGAAAAGUUGCCCUGCCUUCUGUGUUACUGCCUGGAAGUGAUUGCUUCACCGGGAGCAGGUGGUAAUAUCGUUAGCAAGAGGGACAUGUUGUGACUUUGCCAGUAUAAAUUUGUUAGAAUAUCACUCCUGGCGGGCUUUGAAAACCUGGGGCUUUGCCUAAAAAACAGUGGCCUUCAGAGCAAACACAGCUAGUGAAUGCUGGCAGAGAACACGUUCAGAACUCUGAACCAGCAUAAGAACAAUGUUGUAAUUGGCAGACAGUUGUGAUAACAUUGUCAGCAGGAUCUAAACACUUGUAUGGCUGAGCCUGGGUGGUACAGAAUCUGGUGGCUUUUCAAGGUUAUAUUUGAAUAGGUUUGGGUCUCAUGGCUAGAGAGAAAAAAACUUAAUGGCUGUUUUAAAGCUAAGGUGUCAAAUUCAUUUAUGCUGGAGGGUAACAAAAGAGCUCUGGUGUGGAUACACACUUAGCUUUGCUGCAGAUUCCACCCAACACUUGCUACUGUAUACUGCAAAUUUAGAUAGAAUAGGUAAGGGGCUACUGUUGGCAAGCCAGCAACUUGGUCCUACCUAGGUCAUUGGGUUUCUGAUCUGAAAAUGAUUGAAUUGUGUGUGGAGUAGAAUAGGGGUGCUGUGGGUCAGACUGGGGCUGCAAGACCUGAUAAGGCCACAGAGGUUUAUGUCCAUCAUUCCUGGUUUUAGAAGUUUAGAAAACAUGGAAGGACUAUGUAGGAUUGCUGGGUCCAGAGUUUUCCUACCUUUCAUUCUUUUAUAUCCCUCUACCUCUCUAUAAUUUUCCCUCCAUUAUUGUGCAUAUUUUCUUCCCUUUGUUGCCUUCCAUUUUCUAGUCCUUGCCAAAGAAAUCCAAAUUCUGUGAAAACCAAACAAUUGUAAUUGAGUAAGCAAUAUUUAUACAUACUUGUCAAACUAACAAACCACAGUAACAUGUAACUUGGGUUUUCUGGUCACCAAAUUGACAAGCAAGAGGUGGAAAAUGUUAAGUCUACUCGUCAUAGCUUGCUUUUGAGAGUUGCAUGAAGGGCAGUAAUGUGGACUGCUAUGCUUACUGAUGAGCAACAACUAAACUCUGUCUGACCUCAGUCUGCCUCUUCAUUUGCAUCAGUGUGCUUCUCUGUACUGUAUUUGCUUACAGCCCCAUGGAAAGCAGGGUGAUGACAUCUGUGGUGGUAACACUGAUGUUUAAAUGCAGCUCGUAUGAGAAAGUGAUUGAGUGGGGCUGUCUUUCUGGGGUAGAAGUUUCUUUUCAGCAAUCCUUGUUGACUCACUUGAAUCUAUCACGGCCACAUUGUCCUAAACAAUUCUUAACAGCUCACUGGAGUUGGCUGAGCUUCCAUUGCUGCUUCCUGUUACUGAAUUGUAUACUUAUUCUACCUAGAUCUCAGAUAGCAUGAAGGACUUCUACUGAAAGUCUCUCCUUUAGAGUUCCAACUCUUGCUCUUCCCAAGAGUUGAGAAGCUGUCUGCAGCCAGGGUUGUUGGAGGGAGUUGGAUGCUGCAGGCAGCUUGGAUGCUGCAGGUGUGUUAUCAGACACUCUCUGGAAAGUGUGAAGGAUGGAAAUUAAAAUGGUAAAUCUUCCAAUGCCCAAGGGACCCUUGACACCUCUCAUCUUCCUUCACCCAGUUUCAGUUUGUCUCCUUCUACUGUUUAUUAGUUCUUCCCAUCCCAGGUGCCCCUCUCAAGCCCUUCCCCUUGAUUUCUCUUUCUGGUAUAUAGCAUUCAGAGUGUGAUGGUUCUUGUUUUCAAGGUGCUUGUUUGUUUGGUUUUUCUGCUGUGAAGGGUGUUGUGUGUUUAUUUCUCCUUUUUUAUUAUGGGGCAUUUUGUUUGAUGCAACAGGUGGAGAGCUUUGCUUUCUACUUAGCUGCAGAGCAAAUCUGUGAAGUAUAAUUCCGCCCACAUGUGGCUUGUGGCAGGGAAGGGGAGGGGGGCUUGUUUAUGUCGUGGUGAAUUGUGUGAAAGUGAUAUCUUUGAUUAUGGAGCAAUUAUUUUUAUUCGGAAAAGGUGAAAGAGACUGCAGGCUAGGAUCUAGGGUAUUUGACACUUGAGUUUGGGUGGAGACUGCUCAGAGUUUGCACAUGGGAAAUGUGCUCUCAGAUUGAAGAGCUGUGAGUGUGUGAGUGCACAAAUACAUGGAUGCACACACUUCACAUGCAUUUGUGCAUACAAGACACUGCAUCUCUGGUAUUUCCUCUGUAAAGUGUUCAUGUUUGCAUCUCUUGUGCUCAUUGCACACUCCAUAGAUGUUGCAAAAUGCCCUUGGCAGGGGAUUGGACUAGAUGACCUUUGAAGUACCUUCCAAGGUACUCUAUGAUUCUAUAUUCUCUUCAUUCAUCACCUUUAAACAGAAUUGGUAUUCCUUUAUAUUGAUGAAGUUGUACUCAGAAUUGUAGCUGUGGUAUCUUGUCUUCCCUGCCUCUGCAAGAUACAAGCACUUAGUGACCGGCCCCCUCUUCUCACACCUUCUCGAUGUCUCAAGCUGUAUUUCGUCAAUAAUAAAAAAUUCCUAAUGCAUAGGAAUGGGCCUUUUCUGUUUGAUAACAUUGCUGCUUCCUCUGACACUUGCAGCAGUUGGUAGCUUUGGCUGCUAAAACAAAAUCUUUUUGCCAUGUUAAGAGACCAGGACAAUAUAUCACAGCAGCCUUGCUGUGAGCUUCAAGCAGGUUCUUCCAAGGUGAGGAUUUAGCUUUUCCUCUCCCAUUAGCUGAUGUAUACAAGCUCUGGACAUUUGUGUCUGUCACCUGUAUGAAUGAGUAGCAUUGAGGAGUUGAAGUGAAUAGUCUCCUCUUUCCCAAUGAAGGUAUGUUACUGUCUGGCUAAAGCAAGGGGGGCUGUUGUCUCCAGAUGGUUCCAAACUAAAUCCUACUUGUCUUUGCUCUUGCCCUCACCUGCAGUUUGUUCUGAGUUUAUUACACCCUUUGCCACACAGGAAUAUUAGGGAUACAAACAAGAUAAAUAAGAAUAUUCAGAGCACUUAAGGAGAUGGGCUAAGGACUGCUCCUUCCCAUCCUCUAGAUGUUGAGGACAGUCCUCACAAGAUAGUGAUUGAGAUAAUAAAUAAACUGCUGCUUUAAAAUGUUUCUUAAAAGGGGGGAGAGGAGUAUUUUGAUAAAAAAGAAUCUGUCUCCAAAGCUAAUAAAACUGGAGAUUAAUUCUAUGUGCCAGGGGUGUAAUAGCAUAUUGUCAAGUCCUGGGGUUCUUCCGUACAACAGGAGAGCCCAACUAAUUAAUCAGUAUUUAUUGCUAAAUUAUUGUCCUUUUUCAAUCUGUAGAUAUAACUGUUGGGGAUUUGUUGCCACAGCCCCAGUGGAGGUGUUGUUAAUUUAUUUAUGUAUAUAGUGUAUGUUUGUUGAUAUGAAGCAUUCUUUAUUUUGUAUAUGAUCAAUAAACAUCUUUAAAGAG